CAGCUGCUCCCCGUGAGCACGUGGCCUUCAAGAAUCUCGCGAGACUGGCUUCCCUGCGUUGUCUCCUCCCCCCUGCACUCGGUGGCGGUUGGAAUCGCAUAACGGCCGACGGCCUCGAGGCGUUCCCGCCUUUUUGAAGCGGCGGUUGAGGGGGCAGCGGCCUUUUGUCCUUUUCUCGCCCCACAUCGCCCACGGGAAGGCAGCCCGACUCGGCAGAAAUGGAAAAGGAAAAGCCUUUUAAAUUGUUUGUACCACCAAGACUCAGCAGCAGUCAAGUAUCAGCAGUUAAACCUCAGACCAUAGGAGGAGACACUAAUUUUUUCAAGGGUUUUAACAAAAGUGGUGAAGAUGAAUUUGGCUUGCCUUUUGGAAUAACUAAACCAUCUAAACGUAGUGAACACAUUGAUUCAGAUCCAGUUUUGCAAAAAGUUAAUUUUUUGCCCAUGAUUGGAGAGGUUCGUACUGAGCAGUCUGACUUCUUGGAAGAAUUAAAAAACCCUCAGUUUGAGACUUCAGAGCCAAUAAGCAGAGUUUAUUCAAAAUUAUAUAAGGAGGCUGAAAAAAUUAAGAAAUGGAAGGUGAAUAUAGAAUUUGAACUAAACCAGAAGGAGAAAAAGUUACAGGAAAAUAGAAAGAUUAUUGAAGCACAGCGAAAAGCCAUUCAGGAGUUGCAGUUUGAAAAUGAGAAAGUAAGUUUGAAGUUAGAAGAUGGAAUCCAGGAAAAUAAAGAAUUACUAAAAGAGAACAACGCCACAAGACAUAUGUGCAAUCUACUCAAAGAAACCUGUGCUUGGUCAGCAGAAAAGUCAAAGAAAUAUGAGUAUGAAAGGGAAGAAACUAGACAACUAUAUUCAGAUCUAAAUAAUAAUUUGGAGAAAAUGGUACAAGCUUUUGAAGAACUUCGAGUGGGAGCUAAAAGUUACAGACAGGAAAUGCAUUUUAAAUUGAAGGAAGCAUGUGAAAACAUUCAACAACUUGAAAAAGAGCAAACAAAAGAAAUACAUGAUAAGGAAAAGAAGAUAUCAUUAUUAUUGAUGCAGAAUGAUGAGAAAGAAAUGAAAAUUAAAGAUUUGAAGUUGCUGCUACAAGAAUACAGUGACAAACUUAAUCAAUUUCAAGAAAAAAUGAAAUGGCAAAAUGAAAAUUUAAAAGAAUCAAAAGACCAACAGGAUCACUUGAUGUCAGAAUUAGAAGAAGUUAAACUGUCUUUGCAAAAAAGUGAGAGUGCUCAAAAGAUAUUAGAAGAAGAAUUACAGACUGCAGGCAAAACAGUAAUGCAGCUUACCAGACUAAAAGAAACUCAGAUGGAAGAAAUUAGUGAAGCUAAAGUUAUACAUUCAUCAGUUGUUGCUAAAUUUGAAACUACUAUUUCCAGUUUGAAAGAACUGUUGACAACAGAACAGCACAGAUUAAAGCAAAAUGAAGAACAGUUGAAAAUUCUUACCUUGGAGCUACAGAAGAAAUCAGAUGAACUAGAGGACAUGAAACUAUGUAAAAGGGACAAAGAAAUGCAACUUGAAGAAUUAAAAGGCAUCUUGGAGGAAAAUCAAAGACUUUUAAAUGAAAAGAAACAUUUAGAGAUGAUUACUGAAAAACUGCAGGCAACAGAAAUAGAACUAAAUGGGAUUCUUCAAAUCAGACAGAAAGAAGUACAUGACUUGGAAAUAAAAUUAAAUGAAACUGCUACAAAUGAACAAAAUUACUUACAACAGGUUGCAGAACUUAAAACUGAACUUGAACAAGAGAGGCUAAAAAGUAUUGAAUUAACUGAGAAUUUAAAAAAGCUUUCAGUAGAAAACAAACAAAUGGCACAAGAAAAAAUGACUACAGCCCUAGAGUCUAAGAAACUGCAAGAAGAUAUUAAUGAUAGCAAAAAGCAAGAAGAAAAGAUGAUGAAGCAAAUUGAAAAUCUAGAAGAAACAAAAAACUUAUUGAGGAAUGAAUUGGAUGCUAUAAAAGUGGAGUUAAAAGAAAAAAAUGAAGAAGUUGAAACUAAAUUGAACAAGAGUGAAGAAAAUGCCAGAAGCAUUGAAAGUGAAAUUUUGAAAAGAGAUAAGCUUGUAAAGAUAUUAGAAAACAAGUUUAACAAUUUAAAAAAACAAAUGGAAAAUAAAAUCAAAUCCUUUGAAGAACUACAGCAAGAGAAUAAAGCCUUAAAAAAGAAAAGUGUGGCAGAGAACAAACAGUUGAGCACCUAUGAGAUAAAGGUGAAUAAAUUAGAAUCAGAGCUAAAUGACUCUAACAAGAAAUUUGAAGAAAUGACUGACAACUACCAAAAAGAAAUUGCUGACAAAAAGAUAUCAGAAGAAAAUCUUUUGGGAGAGGUUGAAAAAACAAAGGCAAUAGCAGAUGAAGCUGUAAAACAACAAAAAGAAAUUGAUCUAAGAUGUCAACAUAAAAUUGCUGAAAUGGUAGCACUUAUGGAAAAACAUAAAGAUCAAUAUGAUAAAAUAGUUGAAGAAAGAGAUGCAGAAUUAGGAUUAUAUAAGAGCAAAGAGCAAGAGCAGUCAUUGAAGAAAAUAUCUUUGGAAAUUGAGAUAUCUAAUCUCAAGAGCAAACUUUCAUCUGUUGAGACUCAGCUUAAAGUAGAAACUGAGGAAAAGGAAAAACUUUUAAGAGAGGCAAAAGAAGAUAGCGCCAUGCUCAAGGAGAAGAAGGAUAAGAAAAUACAAACGUCUGUCUUGGCAACUCCUGAAACCAGCAAGUGGAAAUGUGAUUCUAAAAUAGAUACUUCAGAAAAUGCAUCAUUAAAUUUCACAUCAGUUGAUCACAUCCAAUCAAAAAACAAAGAAUUUCUCUGGACACCUGCCAAAAAAUCUUUAUCUACACCAUCAAUAAAGGCAUACACUGUAAAGACACCAACAAAAAUGAAAAUACUGCAGAUUGAAAAGAAGAAUCCAUACAAGGAAGGAACAAAUAGAAAAAGAAAAAUGCUAUUUGAUUUUGAUACGAAUUCAGAUAGUUCAGAUCAAAAUGACCUUUUGAGCAUGGUUUCAGAUGAAGACAAAUUUCAAAAACUAUACAAGAGUUAUCCUCAAGCUUCUCAUCAAAGUGUUGCAACACCAAAGAAGAAUCAGAGACCUUUAUCUUUAACAACUCCAGGAUCAGCACUGAAAUUUGCAGCUAUGAGAAAAAUGAGAGAAGAUGGUUGGGCUGCAGUUUCUAAAGUGGACAGGAAAAAAAAAAUAAAGGAAGCAGAAAAGCUAUUUACUUAAAAUUUAGUUAAAUGGUAGAACUAACUAGUUUAAUAACAUAAAAUUUGUUACAAUAGAUUUUGUUUUGUCUUUGGUAGUUCAUGAUUUUUUAUUUAGGCUGUCCUAAGUUUUCUAGAAAUAGACAAAGCUUUAAAUUGCUUUUGCAUUUGUGUAAAAGACUUAAUUUUCCUUUGCUAUAUUUUAGGUUUAAAUAUAAAUAAUUGUAUAUUACUUGAAAAGUUAUAACUGUAUUCAAUUCAUUAAAUACAGUUUUGCUAUUGCUAUUAUUUUGAUUCAGGUUGUUGUUGCCCAAAUUUUUUUUAAGAAGACUAUUGACUGAAAUUUUCUGUUGAUUUUUGUUUCAAACAGUAUUUAUUUUUCAUUCUACUGUGAGAACAUUUUGAACAUAAAUAGUUCUUAUAGGCCCAGUGUAGUCAGUCAAGACACAUUACUACAAAGUUAGUUACUGAAAUAUUAUUUUGUCAUACAAAAAACCUUUUACAUAAAUUACUUUACAUGGAUAUGUUUAUACAAAAAAAUUCAUAUAAAUACUACUAUAUAUAUAAAUGAUUCUUCUGUGUAUAUAUAUAAAAUUGUUUUCACAAAAAUCUCUCAUGUAAAUUUUAUUUUUAGAUUUUUCUGAGAGAAUUUUGUAUGUAUGCAAGGAUUCUAAAUUCUCUUCUCUAUAUACACUAUUUCACUUGAUGAUCUCAUCAGUUCCCAUGAAUUCAAUUAUCAUCUCUAUGUUAAAUGGUUUUCAAAUCUUCUUUUCAAAUUUCUAUGCUGAUCUCCAGCUCCUGUCUCCAACUUCUUAUUAGAUAUCUAAAACAGGAUAUUUUUAAACACCAAAACUGAACUCAUUAUCUCUUUAAGAAUAUCUAUUACUAUUUAGAAUACCACCAUCAUGCCAAUACCCCAGACUCACAAAGUCAUUAUGACUCCUCAUCCUCACUCACCGCCUAUAUCCAAUCUAUUGCCAAGACCCAUCAAUUUUAUUUUCAUAAUAUCUUUCACAUGUGCCCCCUUCCCUCCUUUCACACUGCACCUUGUUGUAGGCUCUCAGUACCUAAAAUUUGUAUACUACAACAAUCUGUUGAUUGGUUUCCCUACUAUAAAUCUUUCCCCACUCUAGCCCAUUUUCCACUCAACUGUCAAAGAUCUUCCUAAAAGGACAUGUCUGACUACGUUGCCUUCCCAGUUCAGUGUACUCUAAUAAUUGCUCCCUAUCACCUCCAGGAUUAAAUAUAAAACCUUAUACUUAGCAUUCAUAACCCUUGUAACCUGUUCCUUUCCUCCAUCUUUCUAGUCUUCUUACACUUUAUCCCCCUCCCUAGUAUCUGAGUUCCACUGUAUUGUCCUCUUUGUUUCCUGCAUAAGACACUCCAUCUCCAGGCUCUGGCCAUUCCCAUGUUUGAAAUGCUUUUCCUCCUCAGGUGUUCCUGGUUUGAAGUCACAGCUAAAAUCCCAUUUUAUACAAGGUAGUUUUCCUGAUACCCCCUUAAUUCUAGUGCUUUUGUGUAUUAUUUCUAAUUUAUCCUGUAUAUGGCUUGUUUACAUAGGUGAUUGCAUGUUUCCUGCAUUAGAUUGUAAGCUUCUGGAGAGCAAGGACUGUCUUACCUUUCUAUGAAUUCCUGUCAGAUAAUAGGUACUUAAUAAAUGUUUAUUGACUGACA